AUGAAUGUACAUAGCCACAGUGGUUAUGUGGAUGCAGCUAACACAACGACAAAUGGUACUCGACAAUACCUAUUGUGGUUUCUAAUUAUUGCCAGUUGGGAUCUUGUUAAUGCAUUUCCGACCACUGAGAAAAUUUCACCGAUAAAAAACUCGUUUGAGGAACUUCGAGAACGUUACCGGCGUGACGCAAAGAAUACGAUCACUUGCGAUGCUUCUUGCACAUGUCAAUGCAGUUCAACCGGAGCGCCACAAACAAGUGAAGUAACAUCAGUUGGCACAACAUCAUCAACCACAUCAACAAUAAGUUCUACAACAACAACAUUAACAACAUCGACAUCGACACCAACAACAAUACCUCGACGACUAGUACGAGUACCAGCACUACCAGUUCUACAACAAGCACUUCAACAACAAGUACCUCGACGACUAGUACGAGUACCAGCACUACCAGUUCUACAACAAGUACCUCGACGACUAGUACCAGUACCAGCACUACCAGUUCUACAACAAGCACUUCAACAACCAGUACCAGUACCAGCUCAACAAGCACUUCAACAACUAGUACUAGUACAAGCACCACAAGCACCUCAACUACAACAACAACGACGACGAGCACGACUACUACUCGCUGUCCUGAUAUAUGCUGGUUACAAAAUUGUGAAACUGGAAAUACAGCUGCGAUACCUUGUCCGAAUACAACUUGUGCAACUAUCAUAG